AUGAAGAGAAUAAGCCUCUGUCUCGGCCUCCUCCUCUACUUGCUGCUGCUCCCCAAAGCAGCAGCAGCAGCAGCAACAGCAGCAGCAGCAGAUGAUGAGGCCGCAGGGGAUUCUUUUCCCCCUGCCCGCUGCCAGCUGCAGCAGCUGCAGCAGCAGCAGCAGCAGCAGCAGCAGUGGUUCCCGCGGGACUACUUUGCUGCAGAAGCUGCUGCUGCUGCUGCAAACUUCCGAGAAGACUUCGCGUUUGUGGAGAGAAGUUUUGCUGCUCGCUUUGCUGCUGCUGCUGCGAGCGGCGCCGCUGCGGUGUACGUACACUCCGUGGCCGCAGCCAGCAGCGCCCCCGCACAAGACAAACUCGGCCGCGAAGUUUUUCAAAACAAAAAAAGAAAUUUUAAUUCCAAAGAAUGGAUUAAAAUAAUUCGAGUUGCCAAUUUGCUCUUUUCCGUUUUCCUCGCGCAGCAGCAAGCAGAGAAAGUGCUGCUGGUAGUGGACCUCACGGCGGACUCGGAAAUUGUUGCUGCUGCUUUUGCUGCUGCUCAGCAGCAGCAAACUGCUGCUGCAGUUCUCACUUGGGCUGCGCAGCCCCAGGUGUACGUGGAGCUCAACUGGCUUCUUUCCCGAGUUGAGCAGCUGCUGCUGCUUGCUGCUCCGCUGCUGCUCGCCGACCAUUUGCUGCUGCUGCAGUGGCUGCUCAGCCAGGCAGCAGCAAUAGCUCGGGACCAAAUCCACAGGGAGCAGCAGCAGCAGCAGCAGCAACAACAACAGCAGCAGCAGCAACAGCAGCAGCAGCAGCAGCAGCAGCCUGCGCGCUUACAAGAAGCGCUCAAUCAACUGCCCGUCAUUCAGCGGCUGGUGGCAGCAGCAGCAGCUUGCAGAGCUGACGAAGCAGCAGCAGCAGCAGCAGCAGCAGCAGCAGCAGCAAGACCGCAAGCGUCAGCAGCAGCAAAAGCCGCAGAAAUCGCAGCAGCAGCAGCAGCAGCAGCAGCAACGGACCCCCCGGACUGCUCCUCAGUGCUAGCUGCUGCUGCUUCUUUGCGCGAGCAGCUGCAGCAGCAGCAAAAAGCCCUGGGGGCCCCCCAGCUGCUGCUGAGUGCUGCAGCAGAUGUUUUUUAUUUGGCAGCUUUUAUAAAUCCCCAAAAUAUUCCUUUUCCCUUUAUGGCAGCAGCAGCAGAGCCCUCGCUGCAGCAGCAGCAGCUCCGCAGCUUCCUCCGCCGCUGCUUGCCCUUCGCCUUUCAAACGAAGCAGAUCAAAUACGCUGCUGCUGCUGCUGCUGCUGCUCCUGCUGCUGCUGCUGCUGCUGCUGCUGCUGCUGCUGCUGCUGCUAAGGGGGAGGGGCCCCCCAGGCCCAGCAGGCUAAAGGCAGACAGCGAUUUGCUGCGGCGCUGA